UCGGUGGCUGUUGGAUGAGCUGAAUUCAACACAGACCUCUCUACCAUUUGGAUUUCAAUAAGGAAAAAAUCAAAAUCAAAAUCAAAUGAUGCUUCUUCUUUUUCACGAUUUCAAUCUUCGAUUGAAAGUCGAGAACAACCUACAAUGAUUUCCGAAGACAAGAAGGGCGACGGCCACAACGAAAAUCCAUGGAAGAACUAAGCAACCAGAGACACCAACAACGAAGAUGGAAUGAGGCUCUGGCGGAUUGUCGUGUUCGGCCUAAUCCACGCCACUGCUACUACUUUCGCAGUUGGCCAGUUGCGUAGGACGGUUGACUGGUUCUACACUCAGUUAAACAGGUCACAGUCAUAUUCAUCAUGGAGGGGAGCAAAGGGUAGCUCAACUUAUAGUUUCAAGGAGGAAGCCUGGAAGAAAUACACACGUCGAAUGCAAGAGGAGUAUGAGGAAGAAAUGGAGAGAGUGGAGCGUAUAAGGCGCAUGCAGAGCGUAUUCAACAGAGAGAGAAAUAAAUACAAGAGGAGCUAUGAGAGUUGGAGGGAAAAUGAUCCUGGUGCCUACCACCAGUAUUCCCAAAGAGAUGAUUGGUAUUGGAAAGCUGAUACAUCCUACAAAGAUCAGAGAGCUAAUUUUAGACAAACUCCUAAAGACACUGGAAAUUAUUCGAUGUCACAUCACUACUCUGUUUUGGGGCUUGACAGGUCGAGAUCAAAGCCAUAUUCAGAGGCUGAGAUUAAGAUGGCUUUCAGAACAAAAGCGAAGGAGUACCACCCUGAUCAAAACCAAGAUAAUAAAGAGGCUUCGGAGACGAAGUUCAAAGAGGUGAUGACGUCCUACGAAGCCAUAAAAUUAGAAAGAAAGAAUGGGAACUCCUGAUUGGGUGAAGCAGUGCAGAAAAUUGUAAAUUCAGAGAGCAGCAGCAGGCAAAUUGGAUCAAUUUGAACGUGGUCCUACCUUUCUUUUUUUCUCUGUAUCAAUAGUAUCAACUUACCAUAAUUUUUUGCAUGUUGUCUCUAGCUACAUAUUCUCUCUGGAGAUUGCCCAGGGUUCAGGAAGCUGUUAAUGAGAAAUGAGUAAUGAGAGGGUAGGUCGUUUGACGCUCUUUAUUAUGUAUUACGUGAAUACAAAAAGGCAUGCAUUCCCUGCAUGGCAGUCUUUGUAAAAUAUAGGAGGUUCUUAAAAGUAUAUUCUUUGCCA